UUUCCUGCAUUUGACAGCAGCCUGUAUCAGAACGCCCUCAACCCCACAGUCACUGAGCGUUUACCACUGCAACAACUUGGCCACAUCGAUGGAUGGAGAGAUAGAUAGAUAGAAAGAGAGAGAAAUCAUAACCCGAUCCUAUCACUGCGCACCCACAACAAGGCGGAUGGGAAUUACAAGGGGGAUCACAGUCUGAAACUGCACUCUGGAAAUGGCAGAGAGUCCACAGGAAUCCGGGCUCAACACAGGAAACGAAGCGGAGAGUAGGGAACAGGGGGAGAAGGCGGAGGGAGUCCAGCUCAAUCUGCUGGAGACGUGUGCCGUCUGCAAGCUGAAUUUUCAGAGUCGCGAUCCCAAACUGCUGCCAUGUCUACACUCCUUCUGCAAGAAGUGUCUGCCCGAACCUCUCAGGCACUUGGUGCUGCCGGGGUCAGCUACGGCGGGCAGUCUGGCAGAGUCCUCCUCUCUCCAGCAUCAGCAGAUUGGUGUGAUCCGGUGCCCAGUCUGUCAUCAGGAAUGCAGACAGCCAGAUAUCAUAGACAACUACUUUGUCAAGGAUACAACCGAAGUGCCCAGUAGCACAGAUGAGAAAUUCAACCAGGUCUGUACGAGCUGUGAGGACAACGCUGAGGCCAGUGGCUUCUGUGUCGAGUGUCUCGAGUGGCUCUGUAAAACCUGCAUCGAGGCCCAUCAAAGAGUCAAGUUUACAAAAGAUCACACUGUAAGACAGAAGAAGGAUGUGUCACCAGAGGCGGUCAGUGUGUCCAACCAGCGAAUGCUCUUCUGCCCCAUCCACAGGCAGGAGCAGCUCAAGCUUUUCUGUGAGACCUGUGACCGGUUAACGUGUCGAGACUGCCAGUUGCUGGAACACAAGGAGCACAGAUACCAGUUUUUGGAAGAGGCCUUUAAGAACCAGAAAGUUAUCAUCGACACACUGACUGCCAAACUUCAGGAGAAGAGAAACUACAUCCAGUAUGCAGCCACGCAGAUCCAGAACAGGAUUAACGAAGUAAAUGAAAACUGUAAGAAGGUCGAGCAGGACAUUAAAGUGGCCGUCUUCACACUAAUGAUCGAGAUUAACAAGAAAGGGAAAGCCUUAUUGCAGCAGUUGGAGAGUGUAACCAAAGACCGUCAAGCAAAACUCCUCCAGCAACAGCUCGAGAUCUCUGGGGUGUCGAAACAAGUGGAGCAUGUCAUGAACUUUGCCAAGUGGGCUAUCUCCAACAGAAGCAGCAUCGCACUGCUGUACAGUAAGCGCCUGAUCACCUUUCAGCUGAGGUACAUUCUCCGAGCCCGAUGUGAUGCAUCCCCAGUUGCCACCAGCUCUGUUCGAUUUCACUGCGACCCCACCUUCUGGGCCAAGAACGUCCUCAACCUGGGUUCCCUUGUUUUGGACAAGAAUCCACCUGUGACGGGCAGCAGCCCCAACAUGGCUACAGGGCCAAGCAUGCAGCCCCAGGACAGUAACACGGCUAAGGUCCAUGGACAGAUUAACCUGGCCCAGCUCCGCCUCCAGCAUAUGCAGCAGCAAGUCAUGGCUCAGAGAAUUCAGCAGCGCAUGCACCAGAUGAGACCCAUCCUGCCAGUAGCCCAGCAGCCCAGGCCCCCAGGCCCACACAUGGGCCAGCAACAACCACCACUAUCUCCCAACAACCAGUCCUUGCAGCCACCUCGCCUUAUCAGUCUGCAGAGCCUACAGAGGAGCAAUCCAAAUGUGCCACCUCCCACCACCCAGCAGAUGCGCAUGCCUCCCAACACGAUCAGGAUGACUGUCCCCCAGCAACACAGUGGGCCACAGCACCACAUGGCGACUAGCCCCCUGAUGAGACAGCACUACAAUCCUGGAAACUCGAGACCUUUCCCAGUAGCCAGCACUACAACCCCCUCUUAUCCUUCCAAGCUCUUUGUGACUGCAAGUGAUGGAUUUGCCUCCAAAAACCUGAUUCCAAUGACUGAGCUGCUCCCAUCCGUUACCAACCCUGAGCAUCUCUCCUGUCUUCCUGAUAUUCCUCAAAUUCAGCUGGAUGAUGCGGGUUCAGUAUUACUAGAAAGCUUACUGAACAGAGAGCGGAACGGCAAUAGUCUGGCAGGAAAGCCUUCGGCAACCAGCACCAACCCUUCCCCUGGUCCUUCAGUCCCCUCUCCUGGGCAUACAGGGUCAGUGACUGUCACCAGUGUUCAUGUCCCAGGACGCACUUCCAGCACCUCCAGCACUGGCAGCAGAGGGAGUUGCACCUCAUCAAGCAGACUGUCAAGGCCUGAGUCUCAGCAGAUGACCCCAGUCGUUCGCCUGGAACCCAUUAAAGUCAAACAGGAGGCCAUAUUGGAGGAUGACCUCUGUGAUUUCCCCAUCAUUGUGGUGAAGCAAGAGCCUGGGGAGGAGGUUACAGACCCUUGUGAGCUAACUAACCAACAGAACAACAACGCCCAACUCCCACCCAGUAAGCUGGUGACAGGUGGGCAGAUGGUUGGACACCGAGACGGAACGAUCAAAGCAGACCCUCCAGACAGCACGGCAUCCCCCUCCUCCAACACCGCAGACCACCAGGAUGGGCAGUCCCAGCCCACUGGGGCUUCUUACAAGCCCGCACGGGCUGGGGGAGACAACGGCAAAGAGGACGACCCCAACGAGGAUUGGUGUGCCGUCUGUCAGAACGGGGGCGACCUGCUCUGCUGCGAGAAGUGCCCCAAAGUGUUUCACCUGGUCUGCCAUGUGCCGACUCUCCUCAGCUUCCCAAGUGGUGAGUGGAUCUGCACGUUCUGUCGUGACCCAGUGAACCCGGAAGUGGUGUAUGACUGUGAUGACCAAUGGCAAGCGGGCGAGAAGAGGAAAGUGGGUGGAGCCGCUGAGAUGGCCCCGGUCGAUCAAAGGAAAUGCGAGAACCUGCUGCUGUCCAUGUACUGCGAUGAGCUGAGUGUUGCUUUCCAAGAACCAGUUCCUGCUGCAGUUGUUCCCGACUACUACAAGAUUAUAAAGAAACCCAUGGACAUGUGUACUGUGAAGAUCAAACUGCAGAAACAGCACUCACAGCACUACCAGCGGGUCGAGGAGUUUGUGGCUGAUGUCCAGCUGAUCUUUAAGAAUUGCGAGGAAUUCAAUGAGCCGGAUUCCGAGGUGGCUCAUGCUGGCAGGACUUUGGAACAAAUCUUUGAGGCAAAGCUGAGGGCGCUGUUUCCGGACAGGACAUUCCCACCACUGGCACCCACCAAAUCAGACAGCGAGUGCACAAAGGUUACCGUCGACUCGGAGGACGACGAUGAAGAUGUUGUCCAGCCUCGGAGAAAGCGUUGCAAAGGGAGAGAGAGCCCCAUCUUCAUCAAAUGACCGCAAAAGAAUCUUCUCUUGUUAAAUAGACUUGGUGAGGACUGUAAUAUUUGUAUCAUAGAAAUAAUAUUUAAGAGAGAAGCGAUGCUUGAAAAAUCUAGUUAGUGAUGAACACUAUUCUGUAUUAGAGUUACAAACCAGCAGGUGGUAAAUUAAAGACAUUUCUGCUACCUCA